AUGGCGUCGCGAUCAUUCGAGAGCUUUGUGGAACAACAAUUGGGAAGGUUUGCACAUUUCAUGAUAUAUGCAAUCCUUGAAUGGGUGAUGAUAAUUUUACUCUUCAUUGAUGGGUUUCUCGCAUUUUUCGCCAAUGAGUUCGCCAAGUUCUUCGAAUUGAGAAUACCAUGCUUGCUAUGCACAAGGAUUGAUCAUGUUCUGGUUCACAGAAACUCUGAUUUUUACUACAAUGAUUCGAUUUGUGAAGAUCACAAAAAAGACAUUUCGUCCCUCGCAUAUUGUCAUAUGCAUAGGAAGCUCUCUAAUAUUAAGCACAUGUGUGAAGGAUGUCUUCUUUCAUUUUCAACUGAGAAAGAAUGUGGUUGUGAUACAUACACGCCUCUGGUUGGUAUUUUGCACAAGGAUAUUGAUGAUUGCUUUGUUGAGGGUGAUAAAAAAAGUGGUGUGAAAUCGGGGAAAAAUGAUGAAGUGGUGCAAGCUGAUACAAGCAGUGUUUCGCGGUGUUCCUGUUGUGGAGAGCCUCUGAAUAUAAGACCCUCUGUGAAGAGUUACACUAGGAGUUCUUCUUCAAAGAGUUAUGCUCGGAGUUUGUCAAUGAGUGGGAGCCUUCAUUCACAAGCCCCAGCUCCAUCUCCUAGAGCACCAGUGUUGGCAUGGAAAAAUGAGGAAUCGCGCAUUUUGGAAUUGUCUCACAUUCGGUACACACAGCUCAGGUUUAUGUCCGACAAUGAAUCAGAUCUUCCAGAGGAUGACGAUGGCCCAAGUGGAGAUAACCAAAAAUGUAAAGAAGAUAACAAAGCUGCAAGUGCGCCAUUGCUACCAGAUUUCGGGGAUAUAAGCGAGGAUGCUUGCAAGACCCCUACUUUUACUAGAGGAAACAGGUUUUUUGGAAUCCCACUGACAGAUUCAGCUCAAGCCAGUCCUAGGUGGUCCAGCAGACUUCCUAGGAAGCUGCUACUUGCAAAGUCGGACCUUGUUUCGGACUCUAAUGAUACAAAUGCAACAAAUGAAGCAGAUGGUGACUCCAUAUUGAAUCAUUUGAAGAGGCAAGUUCGUUUGGAUCGCAAGUCCCUCAUAGCAUUGUACAUGGAAUUGGACGAAGAAAGAAGCGCUUCAGCAGUUGCAGCAAACAAUGCAAUGGCCAUGAUCACUCGGUUGCAAGCUGAGAAGGCAGCUGUUCAAAUGGAGGCCUUACAGUACCAGAGAAUGAUGGAAGAGCAGGCAGAGUAUGAUGAAGAAGCACUGCAAGUUCUGAAGGACUUGCUUGCCAAGAGAGAGGAAGAGAUCAAGGUUUUAGAGGCUGAACUAGAGACUUAUAGAGAAAAAUACGGUUACAUAAAUAAAGUAGGUAGUGAGGAUUGUGAAGCUGAUGCUGAUAACGACUACCAAGAGUUGAAAUCUCAUUCUUUCUCUUCAUAUAGUGAAAACUCAGACUGUGGAAGCCCCAGUGCAGUGGAUCAUAAGAGAGAAAUUGAGCAUAAUUCUGAACAUUUGGGAGAAAAUGGAGGAGGGAGCCUUGAAGAAUCAUCAUUAGACUUUAAGGGUGAAAGAUCUUAUCUUCUGGAUCUGUUGACAAAUCUGGAGAAGAAAAUUAGUUCAUCUUCAGAUGAAGGGACUCGUUCUUUAGAAUCCAACUCUGACAUGAUUAAUAAUGAAGAUGAAGGCACAGGACAUGAAAAUAAAGCCACCCUUAGAAGAGAAUUGUCUCUAAUUAGGGAGAGGUUGAGGGCUAUUGAAGCAGAGAGUGGAUUUUUAAAGCAUGCUGCCAUGACACUCCAGAAGGGUGGUGAAGGGACUAAAAUCUUGACAGAGAUAGCUCAACAUCUUCGGAAGCUUCGGCACUCAGCCAAAAUGGACAAUACAGAUUCAUGA